UACUAAUCUUUUUCCUCUUUUCGAUUAUUGGAAAUCACCCCAAUCUUUUCAUUUCCAAGGAAUAUCAUAUCUGCUUGAAAACUUUUCAUAAUGGCUAAGGAUAAGGUUACUAAGAAGAAUCAGGUCAAGAAAAUGUCCCCUUAUAACAAGUUUAUUAAGGAGGAACUUCCUAAGAUCAAGUCUGAAAAUCCUGGUCUUUCACAUAAGGAGGCUUUCAAGAAGGCGGCUCAACAAUGGGCUACCUCCCCCGAGAACCCCAAGAACAAUGAAGGCAAGAAGGCCGAGGAAGAGCCCAAGAAGGCAGAUGAUUCCAAGAAGGAUGCCGAGAAGACUGAUGCUGAAUCCAAGGAAGAAGCUGCCAAAUAAGCAGUGAAAGAAAAAAAGAACCCCCCAAAAAACAGUAGAAAUUCGCACUGUUAUCUAGUUGUAUCCCAAAAUGUUCCCGCUUUGAAUCAUUUUAUGUAUAUGUUUCGCAAUCUGCUUCCUUUACAGUGAUUGUUCCUGUAUUUGCAAUCAUUUCUAUGAAAUCAAAACAAUGUUUUAUUCAACGUUAACUGAG